CCGCCCGGCCGCGGGCGAGUCCGGAACACAGUUGCCCUCCCCUGUUGCCCACCGGAGGGCAAAGGGAAAGGAAGGCGCCAGGCCGGAAACGGAAGAGAAGGCGGGGACGUGUUUGGCAGCGGGACGCACCGCUUCAGUUGUGUUCCUGGUUCAUUUUGUGUCUUGGCGAUGUUUCCCAGAGUCUCGACGUUCCUACCUCUUCGCCUCCUUUCCCGCCACCCUUUGUCCUCUGGAAGCCCGGAGACAUCAGCGGCUGCGAUUAUGCUACUCGCUGUUCGGCACGGAACAGUCAGGACAAAAAAUAACAUCCAAAGAUAUUUUGGCACUAACAGCGUGAUCUGUAGCAAGAAAGAUAAGCAGUCUGUUCGAACUGAUGAGACUUCCAAGGAGACUUCAGAGAGCCAAGACGGUGAAAAGGAAAAUACGAAAAAAGACUUGUUAGGCAUUAUUAAGGGCAUGAAAGUUGAAUUAAGCACAGUAAAUGUACAAACAACAAAGCCCCCCAAAAGAAGACCACUUAAAAGUUUGGAAACUACAGUUGGCAGGCUUCGAAGAGCUACAGAAUAUGCUCCAAAGAAGAGAAUUGAGCCCCUGAGUCCUGAGUUGGUGGCAGCUGCAUCUGCUGUGGCAGAUUCUCUCCCUUUUGAUAAGCAAACAACCAAGUCAGAGCUGCUGAGCCAGCUGCAGCAGCAUGAGGAAGAGUCAAGGGCACAGAGAGAUGCAGAGCGACCUAAAAUUAGUUUCAGUAACAUAAUAUCAGAUAUGAAAGUUGCCAGAUCUGCUACAGCUAGAGUUCGUUCAAGACCAGAGCUUCAGAUUCAGUUUGAUGAAGGCUAUGACAAUUAUCCUGGCCAGGAGGAGACCGAUGAUCAUAAAAAAAGGAAAAAUAUAUUCAGAGGGAAAAGACUUAAUAUUUUUGACAUGAUGGCAGUUACUAAAGAAGCACCUGAAACAGACACAUCACCUUCACUUUGGGAUGUGGAGUUUGCUAAGCAGUUAGCCACAGUAAAUGAACAACCCCUUCAGAAUGGAUUUGAAGAGCUGAUCCAGUGGACAAAAGAGGGGAAACUAUGGGAGUUCCCAAUUAACAAUGAAGCAGGUUUUGAUGAUGAUGGUUCAGAAUUUCAUGAACAUAUAUUUCUGGAGAAACACCUGGAGAGCUUUCCAAAACAAGGACCAAUUCGCCACUUCAUGGAGCUGGUGACUUGUGGCCUUUCCAAAAACCCAUAUCUUAGUGUUAAACAGAAGGUUGAGCACAUAGAGUGGUUUAGAAAUUAUUUUAAUGAAAAAAAGGAUAUUCUAAAAGAAAGUAACAUACAGUUCAAUUAAGACCAUGGAAAUUUUUAUUUCAAACAAUUAGAGAUGGAUAUUACAACUAAAUAAAAUAAUUUUACUAGA